AUGAAGGACUGCGAGUACCAGCAGAUCAGCCCCGGGGCCGCCCCGCCGCCCGCCUCCCCCGAGGCGCGCCGCCCCGGCCCCGCCGCGCCCCCCGGCCCGGGCCCCGGGCCCCCGCCGCCCGCCACCAAGCCGCGCUGGAGCAGCAGCGGCAGCGGCAGCGGGAGCCUCGGCCGCCGCCCGCGGCGCAAGUGGGAGGUGUUCCCGGGCCGCAACCGCUUCUACUGCGGCGGCCGCCUCAUGCUGGCCGGCCACGGCGGCGUCUUCGCACUCACGCUGCUGCUCAUCCUCACCACCACCAUCCUUUUCUUCGUCUUCGACUGUCCUUUUUUGGCCCGCCACCUGACCCUCGCCAUCCCCAUCAUUGCUGCCAUCCUGUUUUUCUUCGUCAUGAGCUGCCUGCUGCAGACAAGUUUCACCGACCCCGGAAUCCUGCCCCGAGCCACCGUCUGUGAGGCAGCCGCCCUGGAGAAACAGAUCGACAACACAGGCAGUUCCACGUACCGGCCGCCCCCACGGACCCGGGAGGUGAUGAUCAACGGGCAGGUGGUGAAGCUGAAGUACUGCUUCACCUGCAAGAUGUUUCGGCCGCCCCGGACCUCACACUGCAGUGUCUGCGACAACUGUGUGGAACGGUUUGACCAUCACUGCCCCUGGGUGGGCAACUGUGUGGGGAAACGGAACUACCGCUUCUUCUAUGCAUUCAUUCUCUCCCUCUCAUUCCUGACGGCCUUCAUCUUCGCCUGUGUGGUCACCCACCUGACGCUGCGCUCUCAGGGAAGCAACUUCCUCUCCACUCUGAAGGAGACACCAGCGAGAUAUCCUUUUUUGGUGAUCUGCUUCUUCUCCAUCUGGUCCAUCCUGGGCCUCUCAGGGUUUCACACUUACCUCGUCGCCUCCAACCUGACAACUAAUGAAGACAUCAAAGGCUCGUGGUCCAACAAGAGGGGUGGCGAGGCCUCUGUCAACCCCUACAGCCAUAAAAGUGUUAUCACCAACUGCUGUGCUGUGCUCUGUGGCCCUCUACCUCCCAGCCUGAUUGACCGGAGGGGAUUUGUGCAGUCCGACACCGUGUUGCCCUCGCCCAUCAGAAGCGACGAGCCAGCCUGCGGAGCCAAGCCCGAUGCCAGCAUGGAGGACACCUGUCAGGAUUUUGCCAUCUCCUGCACAGCCUGA